UUUAUAGGCGACCCCAUCGCUCCGGUUGAAGACUUCACAUACUUCACAAAACAUAUCACACGUUCUCAAGCUAUCCCAUUUCUCUUUCGACGCCAUCUUUGGUCUCUCUUUCUCUCUUUCGUCUUCUUAGAAUUCUUGAUUCAUUUAUGGACAAAGGAUGGGGUCUUACCCUUGAUUGUGAUCCUGUAUCUAAUUUCUUCCCCAAAAAGACCAGUUCCACCACGGGACCUUUCUUCAGGUUAAAGCAGCAAUCAGACAUGUUUCAGUUCCCUGUUAGCCUUGCUGGCUCCAGGGAGGACCGCCAUGGAACCUCCUCUUCCUCCUCACCCUCUGAUGAGAACCGGCUGGCGGUUGAUGAGGUCGACUUUUUCUCUGACAAGAAACACAGAGUUGUUGAUGAUCGGGAGGAUAACACAACCACUAUUGUCAAUAUCAAGUCCGAAAGUUGUCAGGGUGAAGACGGUCCAGGUUCUGAUUUGCAUGUUAAUACUGGGUUGCAUCUUCUCACGGCUAAAGCUGGAAGUGAUCAAUCAAUGGUUGAUGAUGGAGUUUCAUCGGAUAUGGAAGAUAAGCGAGCCAAAAAUGAGCUAGCGCAAUUACAAGGAGAGUUAAAACUAAUGAAUGCCGAAAAUCAGAAGCUAAGAGAUAUGCUUAGUCAUGUCAAUAACAAUUACAGUGCUCUCCAGAUGCGCCUUGUAACCUUAAUGCAACAGCAAAGAAAUGAAGGAACCGAAACCACACAAGAAUAUGGGAUUCAAGAAACAAAAUCUGAAAAGAAGAAACUUGAGGUGAUAAUGCCUAGACAAUUUUUGGACCUACGCCCAUCAGUCACCGCUAAAGCGGAUGAGCUGUCUCAUUCUUUAUCGGAAGAAAGAACACCUUCAGGGUCUCCUCCAAACAUCUUAGAAGUUGCAUCCAAGGAUUAUAUCAAAAGCAAAAAUACAAUUUCUCAGUUUGAUCAGGAAACUUCUAGUUUUCGUGAUGCCAAGAGAAUUGGUGGAGAAGAAAGUUCGGAAUCUGAGGGCUGGGGUCCUAACAAAGUCCAAAAAUUGAAUCUUUCAAAGUCAAUUGAUCAAUCCACUGAAGCUACCAUGAGAAAAGCUCGUGUUUCUGUUCGAGCUCGAUCUGAAGCUCCCAUGAUUACUGAUGGAUGCCAAUGGAGAAAAUAUGGACAAAAGAUGGCAAAAGGAAACCCCUGUCCUCGAGCUUAUUAUCGAUGCACCAUGGCAGUUGGUUGUCCGGUCAGAAAACAAGUUCAACGUUGCGCGGAAGAUCGAACAAUCUUGAUAACAACUUACGAAGGCAACCACAAUCACCCACUUCCUCCUGCUGCGAUGGCAAUGGCAUCAACAACAACAGCAGCUGCUACCAUGUUGCUAUCAGGAUCGAUGCCCAGUGCCGAUGGGAUUAUGAACCCAAAUUUGCUUGCCAGGGCAAUCCUUCCAUGCUCCUCAAGCAUGGCAACUAUUUCAGCUUCUGCUCCUUUCCCAUCUGUAACAUUGGAUCUUACUCAAUCGCCAAACCCUCUACAAUUCCAAAGACCGUCUACUCAAUUCCAAGUCCCUUUUCCAGGCCAUCCCCAAAACUUAGCGUCUGCAUCAUCCCCUCAAUUGCCUCAAGUUUUUGGUCAAGCACUGUAUAAUCAAUCAAAAUUCUCAGGCCUACAGUUGUCUCAAGACAUGGGGUCUUCAAAAUUAGGCCACCAAGUUCCACAUCCACAAUUGCAGCAGCCUCAGCAUUCAACACUAGCUGACACAGUAAGCGCUGCGACGGCCGCCAUCACGAAUGAUCCCAGUUUCACCGCCGCCCUGGCAGCCGCCAUCACCUCCAUCAUUGGUGGUGCUCACCCAAAUAUUACCAGCAACACUUCCAACAACAAUAAUAGCAAUGCCAACAUCACAAGCAGCAGACAAUAGAUCAGCAGUGUUCCUGGAAAUUAAUUAGAGGCGACUUUUUUUAACAUAUUUUUCCUUGUUAUUAAUUUUUUUUCCAUGUUCUUUCAUUGGGGGAUGGGAAGGAAAUUACAUGUUUAUAUUUUUUGUACUGUAACAUGUUGUGGGGGAGGUUAUAACACGUACACAAACUUGAUUCUUUGUUAUUAUAGUUUCAUUUUGAACAAUUCGAUUCAGAGUUUCAAGUAAAUACACACAAAAAAAGGAGCAUGUAUAAUUUCCUUUUCAAUGAGCAAUGCCUUCUAUUUUUAACU